AUGAGAGAUCUUCCAAGUCUGUUGGUGUGGAUGUUGCUGGUGCUCUGCUAUCACAGCAGCGGCGUGUUGUCGUCUGCCAUCCCGGGAAUGGAAGUGCCUUCCACGAUCACUUUACGCGCUGGGGUUUUGCAUGCGCCGCCGUUUGCUAGUGUGGACGAACGAGUCGACGGCGCUUUGUUUUUCGACGGCUUUCAGCCCAAGCUGCUCGAGCGACUCUCCAUCUUUGCCAAGCAAGACAAUGUCACUCUCAAUUGGGAACUCAGCCGAUCCCCACCGCAGUACGGAGCCGCUCUUGAUCUCGUCGCGAACGAUUGCAAUUCAUCCGUGAACGAGAAUGACCUGCGGGACUGCCAGAGAUUUGAUUUAAUUGUUGGCGACUACUAUUGCAACCCAGCACGGUCUGUUCGUGUGGACUUUACUCCCUCGUGGCUUAGAACGACAAUGUCCACCAUCAAGUCAUUGGAUAAGGCAGAGGGGCAACAAGACUUUACGACUCUUACUCAAGCUGACACUGCAAAGGCGUUUGUGUGUGUCCCUGAUGGAACCUACUUGCAGACGGUAGUCAUGGCCAAGUUCCCCAAUGCACAGUACCUGAAAUGUGCCUCUCCACAGGAAUGCCUAGAGUGGCUCAAGGCGGAAGAGUGUGUCCUCUACGCCGAUGAUGAACUUCUCUUGAGGCAUCGACAAGCACAAGAUCCUUCCUUGGAAGUCACUAGGGAACAGUUCAACACACAGUACCUUGUCUGGCCACUCAGCUACAACCUGCCUCCCGUUACAUCACUCUUGGUCAAAAAGUGGAUGUAUGCGGCUGUUUCCAAUGCCACCCUGGAUGAACUAUACUUUGAAUUCUUCCAAAAAGAGCUAUGUCCGGUCGGAACGGCAGGAGAAAGCUGCGAACUUCCUUGUGAUCCAGACCACGGAACCAGCAAUGCCAGAGGAGUCUGUGUCUGUGAAUCCACCAAAUGGACCGGAGAAGACUGUAGUAUUGAAGUCGAAGAAAAUGUCAACCUCAUCCCUACCACACUCAAACUCAUUGCGUACAUCAUGUACGGAAUCAAUUGCUUCGCCAUCCUGGCUUGUGCUGUGUGGCUCUUCUUGCAGAAAGAUACUCCACAAGUCAGAGUCAGUCAACCCAGCUUUCUCCUUCUAGUGCUUUUGGGAUGCUUGAUUAGUUCUUCCACGAUUCUUGCCAUGGCACAGGAAUCAGAAGGGGAUGGACCCGUUCAUGCAUGCAUGCUGAUUCCUUGGUUGUACUCGGUGGGAUUCAGCGUGACAUUUGGCACUCUCUUUGCAAAGAUUCGACGUGUGUACUUGAUCUUCGUAAAUGCCGCACGAGCUCAAAGCGGCGUGGAUAAGAAUAAUCGGAAGAGGCAGGUAUCCUUUAGAGAAACCUUCUCUGUUGUUGCGAUUGUUUUGUCUGUGGAUGUGUGCAUCCUGACAGCAUGGACUGUAGUCGACCCAUUGCAAUGGGAAAGAACUGUCAUUGCCGCCGACCAGUUCGGUGCACCACUAGAGUCCACGGGAGGUUGUGUUUCAGAGCACUGGGAAGCCUUUGCGGGAGCCAUCGCCGCUUUGCAUUUGCUACUAUUGGGUGUGGCAUGCUACAUGUGUUAUGUUGCGAGGGAUAUUCCCACCAAGUUCAGUGAAGGAAAAUACCUCUCCAUAGCAAUGAUUUCGAAUCUUCAGAUCUUUGUUGUUGGACUGCCAAUAUUGGUUAUCAUGGGUCAGGAUCCGCAGACCUCUUUCUUUGUUCGUUCGGUGAUCAUCUGGAUGAACGACUUGGCUGUUGUGACGCUCAUCUUUGGCAAUCUCAUGUACAGCGUACACGUGGAAGCUGGUGAUGGCAACGAUAACGUCAAGGCUGCAGUUGACCAAGCUAUGAAGCGAUACACUCAAGUCGAGAGAAAUAAGUCGUCCCACGAGCGCCUUGGUGGAAGUUCAACCUUCACUGCUGCUGCUCCUUCGGCUGGCAUUGGUGGCUCCCGAUCUUUGGCAAUGUCUCGCAUGAGUGCAACGGGCUCGACAACUCAAGGUGACAAGAGGAUGAGAUCGUCGGCUAAUUCGAACAACACGUCAGGGCAUACUACGAGAAAUUCUCAGAUAUACAACAACGACCCGAUGACGUUUGAAGCAUUACGGGAAGGAGACGAAACGGAACAAGGCCAUGCUUCCUUUGCUCAUGAAGAUGUAUCCGAAUCUGAUGAAGAAGAGGAUCUCGCGCCGUUGUCGCCUCCUGGUGCCAGCACGUCUCAGGAAAACGUAGACGUCCUCAAAAACAAUCGAAACUCAUGGGGAGGGGGCUAUCUUUCAACCUUCGAGCAUGUGGACGCUUCCAACGCCGAUGCUGAUGACAAUGAAGAAAGCGAAACCACCAGUGAAGACGUGAUGGAAGAUGAACCAGAACCAAAACCGCCCAGGAAAUCCCUUCCAACUGCAAGUCUCCCGAAAAAUCGACCAUCACAUAUGUCCUACGCAGAAAGCCGCAUAUCAAGAGUUAGGGGAAAGCAUGCAGCAAUAGUCGAAGAGCGACGAAAAUCGAAGCAAUUUUCGUAG